AUGGCAAUGAAUGUCGAGGGUAAGACAGCUAUCGUCACGGGAGCAGGUCCCGGAAUCAAUUUCUGUUUUGCAAGAUUGCCCCUGAGCAAAGGCUGCAAUGUAGUGAUCGCAGACCUUGCCUUGCGUCCCGAAGCUCGGGCUUUGGUUUCCCAAUAUCUUACCUCCUCUGCUGCAAAAGCAGUCUUUCAGGAAACGGAUAAUUUUGCUGGAGCAGAUAUCGUUUGUCCCGGCGCCGGAGUCUACGAGCCUGUGAACUUCUGGGUGCCACCCAGAACGUUUCCUUCGAAGGACAAGCUUUUCAAAUCGCGAUACUCGAUCUUGGACAUCAACAUCACGCACCCGAUCCGUGUUACCCAGAUGGCUAUCGGGCAUUUCCUCGCACGCAAGAAGCCUGGCGUCGUGGUACAUGUCUCGAGCGUAGCGGACCAGAUCCCCUUCUUCCCCACGCCCAUGUACGUCGCAUCAAAACACGCUCUCUCGGGAUUCGUCCGCUCUCUUUCCCGACUCGAGAAUCCGCCUUCCCAUCUCCUCCAGAUUCGCGUCAAUGCCGUUGCGCCGGCGAGGAUCCUCACUCCGUUGUGGACAGAUCAUCCGGACAAGAUGCAGAUGGUUGGGAAAGACAACCCGGGAUGGAUCAUGCCGGAGGACGUAGCUGCUGUCAUGCUGGAUCUGGUGCAGGAGGAGGAGCACGUCGGGGGCACGAUCAUUGAGGUUGGGGAAAGGGUGCGGAAGGUGGAGGCUUUCAAUGAUCCGGGGCCUGGGGUCGGUGGGAAUGAAGUCCAACGUGAUGAUUCCAUCGAGGCCGAUAUGUGGGCCAGUAUGGAACGGCAAUACAAUGGGAUAUAA